AUGCUGAAGAUGGUGGAUCAGAAAAAAGAUAUUAAUAAUGGGAAUUCCACUGGAGUGAUUAAUAAUAUAAAUGGGAAAAUAAAAGAUGAAUUUAUAUUUAUGUACUUAAUAGCUGCAGGUGGUUUUUCAUGUGUUUAUAAGAUUAAAAAAAAAAAGAGCAAUAAAUUCUAUGCAUUAAAAAAAAUAAAAUUUUCAGCCAAUGAAUCGAAUUAUGAAAAAAAGGUAUUAUUAAAUUUAAGAGAAAUAGAAUGCUUAAGAAAAUUAAAAAACCAUCCAAAUAUUGUUAGUAUGAACGACUUUUGGCUAGAAGUUGUUCAAACUUUGUCAAAAUCGAAAAGGAAAAAACGAGGAACAAGGAAAGAACAACAAAGAGAGCAACGAAGAGAACAAAGGAGAGACAAGCGACGUGAAAAACGACGACAAAAACGUCGAGAAAAAAGGAAAGAACAAAAUACGAAAACAAAAAAGAGAAGACUUAUUACCUUAUCUGAUCAUAAUAAAAAAAAAUUAAAACAUUUAAGUUGUCCAGAAAAUACUUUAAAUAUUUCAAACAUAACCAAUAAUGAGACCGCCAUGCUAAAAAAGGAUAAUUGGAGCAAUUUAAUAUUGCUAAAAAAUUUUAAAAAGGAAAAAUACAACUAUAUUUUUAAUCCCCAAAUUGAGCUAAAUAAAUAUAGUAUAAUGUGCUUAUGGAAAUCUUUCAAUAAAAUGUGUGUGUGCAAAAAUGAAAAAAAAAAUAUUGAAAAUUUAUCGCCUGAACAAUUAAUAAAAAGUUUUAAAAAAUUUUUAUUUGGACGAUAUAUUUUGGCUAUAUAUGAUGACUGUUCAUGUUUAAAUAACAAAAACAAUAAAUUAUUAAUUUUUUUUAAUAAUAGUUUAGAGAAUAUUCUACAUUAUUUAUGUUGGAGUUAUUUGGGAAAAAAUGGACAAGAAAAGAAAGACGAUUUAUUUAAUCUAUUUAAAUAUGUUAGUUAUAAUGCUAAUUUAAGCACUAUACUAUUAGAAUUGGAAGAUAGUUUAACCGAACUAUUGCGAUUUCCAUUAAAUGAAUUAAAAAAUGUAACAUUUGAUAUGCGUAUUCCUCCUAAUGAAAAUUGGGAAUUAUCAGAGUAUAUAUCUAAUAUGACCAAAAUUAAUAAACUAGAAAUAUGUAGAAAUAAAAAUACUUUGGAAAAGUUUAUAUUUAAAAUAAAUUGUGAUAAUUUUAAUGUCUAUAAAUUUUGGGAUAACUUUAAAAAUGGUAUUAUACAUGAGGGGAAAGGCACAUACAAAGAACAUAGAAAAAUUAAUUUAAAUCGAAAAAUAAUAAAAAAUAAGAAUAUAUGGAUAAAAGAAAAAAAAGCAAAACAAUUGAAAAAUACAAUAAGGAAUAAUUGCCUUAAUAAACCAAUAAAAAUAUAUUAUGAAAAACAUAUACCUGUAUUUGCUUGUAAAAGUUUAACACAUAAAAGGGCAAAACAAUACACAUUAUGGAGAAAGUACUAUAAUAAUAAACAAAAUUUGAGAUAUUGCCUAAAUAAACAUGUAAACUCAAAAAAUCAUAUGUUAUUCAGCAAAUUUUGUAGCCACAUGAAGACACAAAUGAACACGUUUAAAGAAGAGAAACUUGAAAAAAACAAAAUAGGCACAACAUAUGCCAAAGUUAGUUACAAUGAUCUUGAGAACAACAUCGAUUUGUUUAAAAUUCAAAUUUAUAAUCAAAAAAAUAAAAAUAAAUCAGCAAACCGAAUAAGAAAACAACACAAGAAAUUAUCCAUUUCCCCCAAUUCAUAUAAGCUAAUUUAUGAAAAUGCAGAAAUGCAAAAUGAAAAUAUAUUACAAUGUAACGACCAUAAUUGUAUAUACGGAAUGAAAAAUGACAAUGAAAAAGAUCAUAUUUAUAAUAUCAUUUGUUUUCUCAAUUUUUGUAUUUGGGGUAGGGGAGAAAUAAAUAAAAACGCCAUAAUUAGAAAGAAAAGACAAAUUUGUCAAAGUAAAAAAAAAUGGUACAUUAAGAGGCAUAACCAAAAAAUAAGUUUUUUGGGGAACAUAAUUUUUUAUCAUUAUAUUAUUAUGCUUCUUUUAGAUAUAGAAAGAUAUAAAUAUAAGUUUGUUAGUCCUUUUCAAUAUAGCCUUUAUAGAAAAUUAUUAAAAAUUUGUAAGAAAGCAAUUUUGAUGUUACUUAGAAUAGAGACAAAUAUAUUUUUUGGAUUUUUAUUGAAGCAACUUGAAGAUCAUUUUAUUCGUAGAGGACCUCAUAUUGCUCAGGAUAAAUCAGACAGAAGUAAGAAAGGUGAUGACAUUGGCAUUCAUGAAAUGGUCACCAUAUGGAAGAGUAUGGUUACAAUUUCUUUAAUUUUGGAGGGAAAAAUGUAUAAAAAGAAAAAAAAUAUAUUUAAGAAAAUCGGAUUUUUAUAUUUGAUUAUUUAUUUUUAUAAUUAUUUUGAAAAGCUCAAACAAUAUGAUAUAGAAGGAAUUGACAAUAUAAUAUAUUUGUGGUUGUUUCUUAUAAAUUUAUUUUACGAUGAUAAAGAUAAAUACAUAAAAAUUUGUUCAAAAUUUUUUGGAAAAUUAAGUAAAAAAUUAUGUUAUGUUUAUUGGGGAAACAUAUACGUAAUAAUGAAUUGGACAACUAUUGUUAAGAUGAUAUUUAUAAGAAAUGUUUUGAGCAUAAGUAGAGAAGAAAAUAUAAUAAAUCGUUUAAACAUUUCAAGACAAAUAUAUUUUAAUAUUUUGAUGAACUCUAUGAAAAUAUAUUGUCUUGAUAAUUUUCUUCAUAUUAGAAAUCGAAAAAUAAAACUAUUUCAUGAUCCUUUUUGUCGAAUGAUAUUACCAUUUGAAAAAUGUGAAGAUCCAAAAAUGCAAAUUGGGGAUAUAUCAUAUUAUUCUUUCCGUUCUUAUGAGAAUUAUAGAAACAGAAAAAAGAAAAUUAAUUUCCCUAUAGUUUUAACUGGUAAAAAUAAUUUGAAAAGAUGGAAAAAUUGGGAAUUGAGAAAAAAUCAUAAGGGGGUAAAAAAAGGAAUUUUAAUAAAAAAAAAAAGUCGAAAUAAUAAUAAAAGGAAUAAAAAAAAGUUAAAAGAAACACAUUUUAUUUAUAAUAUUAAAAAGGUUUUAUUCAAAAAAUUAGCGAAUAUUAAUAUUGAAACUAUUUUAUAUAAGCAAAAUGGACAAUUUUAUAUAUUAGUAUUUGGGAGUGUAGUAAAGAAAAAAAAUGGGCAAAUCAAAGUAAAGGAGACAAAAAUAGUACGAGAUAUUAAUAUAAUAAGAGAUUAUAGAAUAUAUUUUUACAAUUAUUUGGAAUAUUUUUAUAAAAAUAAUGUACAUAUUAGUGGCAACAACAUAAACUUCAUAUAUAGCCAAAAGUGGACAUACAAUAAUCAAAAUACAGUGAAACAAUUUUGCUCCCAUUUUGAUAAAAUAAAAGAAGAGAAUAGUAAAGAUAUGGUUUCAUUAUAUACAACCAAAAUGUUUGUUAAACAAAACUUUUUGAAAAUUGGAAAUAUUAAGAAUAAAAAGAGUAACUUGUGUAAAAAAAAAACGGAAAAACAUAAAAGUAUAUGUAAUUCAAACUACAGAAGAGAGAAAAAAGAGGGGAAAUUAUUAAAUAGCAAUGUAAAUAUUAUUAAAAAAUAUAAAAGUGAAAAAAUAAAGAAAAAAGAACUUGAAAAAUUUUUUGAUAAUAUUGUCUAUUCAAGUGAAAAUGAUGACUUUAAAAUUAUUUUUGAAAAUGCUACUAAUAGUAAUCCAUGUAAUAGCGUCGAUUUGGCUAACCCAAAUGAACUAAAUACAAAGAGGAAUCAUAUAAACAAAAAACUUAAAUUUUUUAAACAUAAAAAAAAAAACAAAAAAAAUCACAAAAAAAUAUUUUUUAAAAGUGUGAAUAAUGCAAACCGUUUUUUUGUAAGCACCAAUGAAUCGAAUCCCAUCAUGUCUAAUAAUCAUCAAAUAAGCAAUUCUAAUGAUGUAUAUAAUAAUUUGGCUAUUCAAAAAAAAUAUGAGUGUAGUCAUAAAAAUUGGAAUGAAAACGAUUCAUCUUAUAUUUAUUUUCUAAUUAAUGCACAAAAGGGAGGAUUGUUAUCCCAUAGACAUAAAGAGUUAUAUAAAAAUCUGCUUGAUAUGAGGAAUGGGCAUAUACUAUAUCAAAACAAUGAAUGUAAGUUAGAAGAGGAUUUAUGUUGCUUACAUAAUCGAUGCAAUACUAUGAUGAAAACAUGUGGCACAAAUAAAUUAGUUAAAGAAUGUAAUAAAACAAAAAGACAAAAGAUGGGUAAAAUUACUAAAAUGAAAAAACUUGUUCAACAUAUAUCUUUAGAAUCUCUGGAAUAUAAAUGUAGUUUUAAAAAAAAUGGAGAAAAUUUGAUACAAAAUAAUAAAAAAAUAAUAAUACGAAAAAUAUGUCAAAUUAAUAAAACUUUCUAUUUUAAAUACAACAAAAUAAAUGACAAAAAAAGGAUAUAUUUUGAUAGUGUAUUGUGUAAAAGUGAGAGAUAUAAAAAAAGAAACGAAGACAUAAAUAUAGUCUUACUUAAAGCAUUGAAAGGAGAGAAUAAUGAAUAUGUACUAACCACCUAUUUGACAAGAAUAUAUAGUGAUAAUAUUAAUACUCUGUUUGAAAAAGGUAGAAAAAAAAUCAAUUCAAAUGAAAUAAUUUAUCAAAAAACAUUUGACAUGUAUUGUAUUAAGGGAGAAGAGAAAGUUUAUCAGAGUCAAAAGGAAACGAAACAAAACAAUAAGCAUAAAAUGGUUAAAGAAAAAAACAUAAAUAUAAAUGAUAUAAUAAAAGUGGAUCCACUUCAAACAAGUUAUUUAGAAGAUAAUUUUACAAAUUCAUAUAAUAAAAAAUGUAAUAUUUUAAAAAUAUCAAAUAAUUAUAAGAAAAAAAGUUGUAAUGGAAAAAAAGAAAGAAAUCCUAAAAGACCAUUUUUAAUAAUUAAUAAAAAAAGCCAUGAAAAUAAUAUUAAAAAUGUUUAUAAUUUAUAUAAAUUGGAGAAAGACAAUGUAAAUUCAAAACCACAAACGAAUCCUUACUAUGAAACAGUUGUCCAUGAUAAUGAAGAUAAUAUAUUUUAUUGUUUAUACAAAUAUAUACACCAACAAGUGUAUAAAUAUUGUAUUUGCGACAUUGAUGAAUAUGCUUCGAAUUGCAUUGACAACAAUGCUAAUAAGUGGGAAUGGUAUGGAUUGAGAAGAGGAAAUGAAAACUGUGAUAAAACCAAAACUGAAAUGAAUAAUAACUCGUUUUAUAGUUGUAGACAGACACACAAUAUAUGCAAUAAUUACAAUUCAGUUUAUCAAUUGCAAUUUCGAAAAUUAGGAAAACUUUCUAAGGAAAAAAAUUUUGAAAAAGAAAAAAAAAUGAUAAAAAUAGAAUUUAGGAAAAGUACCAAUAAUUUUAAACUGCCAUCAUUAUUAUGUAUUUUAAAAUGGGAUAAUUUUUUAAAACCAAAUUUUAUCAUAAGAUGUGAUCAUUUUUUACAUACUUAUAAUAUAUAUUUUGAUUUUUUUCUUUUACUUAUGAAUAUAUUUCAUAAAAGAGAAGGAAACAAUCUAUAUCGAUUUAAAAAUAAUAAUUCUAUUUUAUAUAACCCUUAUUUAUCUCAUCAAAUUUAUAUGGUUACAAGAUAUUUUAUCUCAAAUGUGCAUAAAAUAAAUAACAAAUUGCCUAUUCAUUUUGCCAAUGAUAUGAUGGAAAUAUAUUCACGUAAUAGAUUUUUAGCAGUACCAAAUAAAUGCGCUUUCAAAAGUUGUGAAAAUGAUAAUCAGAGGUGUAAAAAACAUCCGUCCAUAAAUUAUGCCAUUUUAAAUAGAGAGGAAACAAAACCAUCAAAAAAACGGCGUAUUAGUUGGUAUGAGCAAAGACAAAGAAAACGAAAAGGCAUAAUAAAUACAAUAGAAGACGAGAAACGAAAUAUAUUUUGCAAAAACAAGGAUAAAAAGGAGGAGGAUAUUAAUAAAAAAAUUGACACAAAAAUAUGCCAAUAUAGUGGCAAAAGUCCAGUAUCAAAUAUAGAUAACGAAAAAAAUAAACAAAAUUUUAUAAAAAAUAAAAAAUAUAAAUUUAAUUUAUAUAUACGAAUGGAAUAUUGCAAAGAUACAAUCGAAAAUUACAUUAAUAGGAGAACACAUAUUAAUAUUAAAAGAAACAUUGAAAUUAUAAAUAUGAUAAUUAUGGGUCUAAAUUAUAUACAUAAUAAUAAUAUUAUGCAUAGAGAUUUAAAACCUUCAAAUAUAUUUAUCUCAAAUAAUGAUGUCGUUAAAAUAGGGGAUUUUGGUUUAGCUUCCUAUGAUUAUUUAGAUGAUCACAAAAUAAAUACAGUGAAAGAAGAGGAAAUACAAACGGAUUUGAUAAUAAAUAAAAAUUGUGACAACAAAAAAAAACCUUUUUCAAACUAUAACUCAGUAUUGGGAUUGGAAAAUGGCCAAAUAAAUGAUGUUUAUAGUACUAACAGUAAUUGCAAUGAAAUUUGUGUAUCGAAACCGAAGAAAUUUGGCAUUCAAAGCAAAAAUAGAAACCUUCAUGGUUGUAAAAGAACAUUUCAGUGGUGGAGCACAAUAGAUGAAUUAAAUAUACUUUGUAAAAAUAGGAGAAAAGGAACAAAAUUAAAAAGUGGUAGCAAUACCAUUCAUAUAAGAAAAGCUAUUUUAGAUGAAAAAAGAAUAGCUAGCCAUAUAAAUAUGCGUCGUUGUUUAUACUUUUCCCAAAAUAGGGGACACAAUGAUAAGACUAAAAUGCGAAAAUGUCGAGCUGUAAAAAAUUACAUAGUAAAAUCAAAUAAAUCUAAAAAACUGAAUAUUUCCAUGAAUGUUCUUUUUAGUUGCACGAAGACAAGACGCUAUUUCACUGAUGAGGAUAAAGCGAUAGAAACGAGAAAAACAAUUAGUAAAAAAAAUGUGGAACAAAAUGGUAAUGUUUGUGGUGCAAAAAAAAAAAAAAAAAAUGAUGUCGGAGCAAAAAUGGGCAGGAAUAAAAUAGCUAGCCAAAAAAAAAAAAAGAAAAAAGAAAAUAAACACCCUAUACAAAGACGUAGUACAAACAGUUCUAUAAGUAGUGCAAUAGUUGUUAAACGGAAUGCUUAUUGUCGAUUAGAAAUAGAGAGGUAUCUCUUGUCUAAAUCUUUUCAAAAUUGCCGUAGUAAUAAAAAAAAAAAAUAUAUAAAUAUAGAAACAAUCAAAAGUAAAUUUUGCUCGGCUUCCAAUAAAAACUUUGGCGCAAAAUGGAUGCGUAUAUAUAGAAAAGGACUGCAUCAUGACGAUAUACAAGAAAAAUCAGCUGAACAGAUAGCGAACCAAAUGGAGGGGUGCAAUAAGACCGUAGCUAGCAAUUAUUCAAACAAUUUAAAAAAUAAAAAAGAAUCAAUUAAUCACACAUUAGGAAUAGGGACAAAACUUUAUUCAGCACCUGAACAAUUAGAAGGAAAUAAAUAUACCAAAUCGGUAGAUAUUUUCUCUUUAGGUUUAAUUAUAAUUGAUUUAUUUACCAAAACAGAAACAAACAUGGAAAGAACACAAGUAUUAUGUAAUGCCAGGGAAAGAAUUUUACCUGACUCGUUAAUAAAAAAACAUCCAAAUGUAGCUAAUUUGUGUAAAAAAAUGUUAUCGCUAGAUUAUAAAUCUAGACCAACGUCAGCACAAUUGUACAACAAAAUAAUAUCUACUGGUGAUAUAUUUUCACCAGACAAUUGUCCCUAG